UGCCCCGAUGCCUGCAGUGCCAGUGAUGACCCAUUCAAUUGGAUGACAUAUCAUUCCACUAGUCGUGUUGCAGCCUGUGAUGAGCCCAUGCUUCUUGACUUUGCUAUCUUCAAUCCUCUGAAUGGGUCUCAGACCCAUUCCACAAUCUACGCUUGUACUACCGACAGUAGCACAAACUCAACUCUGAGUAGACGGUCUGAGGGAGGUGGAAAUGUCACCAGGUUGUCCGUUGAUCUGGAGUUCGGGGCGUGGGGGUUGGCCUCUAAACCAGCUGACAGCCAACUCUCUGGGGCACUUGCGGAUAUUGAAACCUAUAUGGUGGCAGGUCACCAGAAGAAUAGUUUGUUUGGUUUGUCCGGAAACACCGCCGUUGGUAUCUAUAUUGGGGGUCGCCUGGAUUCUUCUACCACCGCUACGAACAUAAUUCAAGAAAUGCUCGACCAAGUCAGUACCCACGGCGUGUUAGAGCAGAUGGCAAUGCAAUACUGUGGCUCUACAGCCAACUACGUGGCUGGUGUGGCUGUGAACACAAAUGGCGAUCUUUCUGCUGUCCAGGAGCUGGUGAAAACAUGGACCAAUGGCGAUUGUGUGUCCGGCUUUGGAUCCCGGACCACUGUACCGACCACGCUAAUAACCGUGUCUACUUCCGAUAAGGAUGAUGGCACUGUUGCUGCUCGAUCUCUUUCUGGAACCCUGCAGUCCCGUGCAGAUAGCUGUUCCACCGUCCAAGUGGUGUCUGGGGACUCGUGUGCGACAUUGGUCACAGAGUGCGGAAUCACGUCCACCGAGUUCUACGAGUAUAACACAGCCUCUGAUCUGUGUUCUACCCUUGCUGUUGGUCAAUAUGUAUGCUGCAGCUCAGGCGACCUGCCUGACCUCUCCCCCUACAGCAAUGGCACUUGUUAUACGUACCUCGUGGAAUCCGGUGACUCAUGCUCCAGUAUUGCUGCCGCUUAUAGUCUGAGCCUCGACGACAUUGAAUCAUAUAACAACCAUACAUGGGGAUGGUUGGGCUGUGAUGAUCUCCAAGCUGGUGAGAAUAUCUGUCGGAGUAGUGGGGAUCCGCCUUUCCCAGCUCCAGUAACAGGGACGACGUGCGGUCCUCAGGUCCCCGGAACGACAGCCAACGGAACAGACUAUAGCGAGUGGGCAACUUUGAACCCAUGUACCCUUAAUGCAUGCUGUGAUGUUUGGGGGCAAUGUGGUACUACGCCAGAAUUUUGUACCAUUACCGAAUCGACGACAGGAAAUCCAGGUACAGCCGAAGCUAAUACCAAUGGAUGCAUCUCAAACUGCGGGACAGAUAUUAUCAACAAUUCUACUGCUCCGGAUGAGUUUUUCUCUAUUGGAUAUUUUGAAGCCUUCAAUGUGGAACGUACUUGUCUGAAAAUGAAUGCCUACAUGAUUGACACCAGCAAAUACACUCAUGUUAUCUACGCGUUUGGCACUAUCAAUGCGGAUUAUUCGAUUACCAUCAAUGAAACAACCCAAUUUGAACAAUUUUUGAAUCUCACCAAUGUCAAGAAAAUUGUCUCUUUUGGCGGCUGGACUUUCUCGACAGAUACUGAUACAUAUACAAUCUUCCGUGAAGGGGUUACUGCCAACAACCGUGCAACACUAGCCAAAAGUAUCAGCGAUUUUGUCUCGCAGUAUGACCUGGAUGGAGUUGAUUUUGACUGGGAGUAUCCUGGUGAGCCUGAUAUUCCGGGAAUCCCUGCCGGUAACAGCGAUGAUGGCACGAACUACGUGGCAUUCCUGAAAGAGGUUCGAUCAGCCAUUGGUACCUCUAAAACGCUUUCUAUAGCUAUGCCCGCCUCCUAUUGGUACUUGAAGGGUUUCCCAGUCUCCAAAAUCAAUUCUGUUGUGGAUUUUGUGGUAUUCAUGACCUAUGAUCUACAUGGCCAGUGGGACUACGGAAAUACCUCCUCAGAUGAUGGAUGUGAGGACGGUAACUGUCUCCGCUCGCAUGUUAAUCUGACAGAGACUGGUUACGCCCUGUCAAUGGUCACUAAAGCUGGUAUGGACACAAAUAAGCUGAUGGUCGGUGUAGCCAGCUACGGA